UGAGCUGGUUGAACCAACUGAUUUCUUUGAUCCAGGUUCCGAUCCACGUUUUCAGUCUGCUGGAUUGCUUUUCAGUUGUUUGGGAAGGAUGGAUGCUGUUGAGGAUGAACUGAGUCUCUGACAUCAUGAUGAGCUCGCCGUCUGCCGACGCGCCGCGGCAGCCAGACAAUAGCAGCCGGAAGCAGCAGCAGCAGCAGCAGCAGCAGCAGCGCUCUUCUUCUCCGGCCGGCAUCAAAGACGGAGGAGCUAAAGCGGCGCAGAAAAGCAGCAGCUCCUCAAAGCCCAUCACGUCAAAGCAGGGAGGGGGAGGAGGAUCAGGAGGAGGAGGAGGGAGAAGCAGCCGAGGACACUCUCCUGUCUCCGCGGGCAGGGAGCGGCAGGCCGGCGGCAGAGGCGCGGCCGCUGUCCAGACUCCAAGUGCUGAAAGCCCGACCCUCAGCAGGCCCGCGGACCGUGCAGCAGCGGCAGGAGGAGGAGGAGGAGGAGGCACCCCGACGUCUGAAAACGCCUCCUCUCCCUCUAGAUCUGAUCCGAACCGUGUGGUGUCGGACCAGCCCAGCGCGUCCAAAUCCCCCAAACUGAGGAGCAAAAACCCGCGAGGCGGUGAGGCCGCGAGCACAAACAAGAAGAGCUCCAAAAGCGCAGUCGGAUGCGGACCUGGAUUCUGGAAGGAGGGAUGCUUACAGUCAGAGCUGAUCCAGUUUCACCUGAAUAAGAGUUUGGGAAAGAAAGGAGCAAAGAUGCAGCAGGCCAAAGCGGCAUCCCCGCCGGCUUCAGAACCGGAGCUGUCCCCGGAACCCGACAGUCCGCAGCGGGCUCCUGAGCCGGACCCGAGACUCCAGGAAGAGAUGGACCGACUGGAGGAUGAAAAUGACGAUCUAAAGAAUGAAAUCGAGUUGAUGCGGGCGGAGAUGGAUGAGAUGCGGGAUACCUUCUACGAGGAAGACGCAUGCCAGCUGCAGGACAUGCGCAAAGAGCUGGAGAGAGCCAACAAGAACUGCCGGAUCCUCCAGUACCGACUGAAGAAAGCCGAGAGGAAAAGGCUCCGCUUCGCCGAGAGCGGCCAAGUGGAUGGAGAACUGCUCCGAAGUCUGGAGCAGGACCUGAAGGUGGCAAAGGAUGUGUCAGUGCGCUUGCACCACGAGCUGGAGAAUGUAGAAGAGAAAAGAACAAAGACAGAGGAGGAGAAUGAAAAGCUGAGGCAGCAGCUGAUAGAGGUGGAGGUCACCAAGCAGGCCCUGCAGAAUGAACUGGACAAAGCCAAAGAUCUGUCCCUGAAAAGAAAAGGAAAUAAAGAUGGCCAGAAGGCAGAGAGAAAGACUCCACAAACUCAAGUCGAGGAAGAAAAUGAGGAUUUGAAAUGCCAGCUAGCCUUCAUCAAGGAGGAAGCAAUCUUGAUGAGGAAGAAGAUGGCAAAGAUAGACAAGGAGAAGGACCGGCUGGAGCAGGAGCUGCUGAAGUACCGCUCCUUCUAUGGGGAUGUGGACAGCCCUUUGCCCAAAGGUGAGGCUGGAGGGCCUCCAACCACCCGUGAAUCUGAACUGAAGCUACGCUUACGUCUGGUGGAGGAGGAAGCCAACAUUUUGGGGAGGAAGAUUGUGGAGCUGGAGGUGGAGAACAGGGGACUGAAGGCUGAGCUGGAAGACAUGAGGGAGGACAGUCUGGCGGCGGCUGGAGCAGAUGGUUCUGGUGGCAGAGGUCAUCAGUGCAGGGAGCAGGGUGAAGCUCUGUCGGAGCUCAGGCAGCAGCUCCAGCUGGUGGAGGAUGAGGCUGAACUUCUCCGCAGGAAUUUAGCAGAUGUGGAAGAGGAGAACAAAAAGGUGACAAACGAGCUGAACAAACUGAAGUACAAAGCUGGGUCCCAUGAACCUGGAUCGAGACAUGGAGGAGGGGGCACUGAUCCUGCUAAAGUGGAGGCUCUCCAGGAGGAGCUGAAAGCUGCCCGUCUGCAGAUCAAUGAACUGAGCGGCAAAGUGAUGCAGCUCCAGUACGAGAACCGCGUGCUGCUUUCCAACAUGCAGCGGUACGACUUGGCUUCCCACCUGGGCAUCCGUGCCAGCCCACGAGACAGUGACGCAGAGAGCGAUGGUGGGCGGGACGAUGACACCCCAUCAGCAUCGGCCUCCUCCCCUCGUCUCCUCCCGCCUCACCGCAAGCGUGAGGGCCCUAUUGGCGGGGAGAGCGACUCAGAUGAGGUGAGGAACAUCCGCUGCCUCACCCCAACACGCACCAUCUACUCACCCGUGGACAGCCGUUUUUUAUCCAGAAGCCUGAAGGACCGGCAGCAAAUGAUCGACAUCCGCAUCGAGGCAGAGAGGCUGGGCCGGACCAUCGACAGGCUCAUCGCUGACACCAGUACCAUCAUCGCCGAGGCCCGCGUCUACGUCACCAGCGGGGACCUGUUCGCCAGGCUGGAUGAGGAUGAGGAAGGUGGCAGAAUCAGAGAGCACGAGCUGCUGUAUCGUAUCAAUGCCCAGAUGAAGGCCUUCAGGAAGGAGCUGCAGAGCUUCAUAGAUCGCCUGGAUGUUCCAAAACAGGACGAUAAACAGGCAGAGGAACCGCUCUCUGGAGGGGAGAACAGGAGGAUUCUACUGGACCUGAAGUCAGUUUUGGAGGAGGUGCAGGUGGAGGUGAAACGAGAGGAGGAGAAGCGGAGCGAGCUCCAGCUGCAGUACACCAGAGACAGAUGUGCAUGGGAGCUGGAGAAGGCUGAGCUCAAAUGCAGGAUUGCACAGUUGGAGGCUAGAGAGAGUGCCAGUGCGGUCAGUGGAGGGGUGCAGUCUGCAGCGGGCCCCGGCUUGCUGGCAUCACGGAACCAGGAAAGGCCCGGUGAGACUUCGUUACUUCGCCGGGAGCAGCGGAGGCUCCUGGCAGAUAAGCGCUCAACGGCCAUGGACCUGCGCUGUCAUCUGGAGCACAACGAGAAGGACUGGUCACGAGAGAAAGCAGAGCUACUGGAGAGGUUCGAUGUGGAGAGGAGAGAAUGGGAAAGCCAGCUGAAGGACAUGCAGAGGAAGAUAGAAGAGCUGUACUGUGAGGUAAGAGCCCAGCGACAGGGGAUGGAACAGAACAGGGAGAGACCGGACGACAAUGACGACGAUGACAGCGACAAUGACAACGAUGACGAUACUGUGCUCCGGGUCAGCCUUCAGUCAUCCAGCACCGGCUCCAGUCAGCUCAGUGACAACUUGUGCUCCGAGGCGCUCAGCAGCAGCAGUCGGUCAGAACUGAGCAGACAACAAGCAAUGCUCCAGAGUUUCCGCCAUAACAGCGCCACCAGUGACAAUAACAAAGGAGGAGUGGAUACAGCACAGGCAGAGUCUAAUGCAUCCAAACAUGAUGAACAAAACAUUCGUAUUGGACCUAAAGAAUGUCCACUUUGGACAGAGCUGAGUUAUGGCAGCGACAAGAAGAAGAACACCACAGCGCUCAAUGCUGCUCUGAAGGAGAUAGCCCGAGUCAGCGAGGAGCUUUGCAGUUACCAGGAUGAGAUCAGGAGAAAAACUGUCCAGAAGAGGAAUCAAUCUGGAUCACUGUGCCUCCUUGAGGAGAAAGACUUACUGCUGGACCAUGAGAAAACUGGACCACAGCUGAAUGAAGUACCCUGUGACUUCAGCCAGAUAUACUCUGAUCUUCAGGAAUUGGCAAGGGAAAACUGGAUUACUUUGUCACCACAAAACACCUGGAAGGCCAGCAGAGUGCUACGUGAAUCCCGGAGAACCAAUACCCCUGAUUUCAACAGCUACAGUGAGGCACAGACAAACCCUGACAAAACUCUCAGCAUGGAUUCAUCAGCUCCACCUGUCCCUCCCCGCUCCUCUUCCUGGAAUCUCAGUACCCCUACCUACCAGGACACAGAACUCCAUAUCCCAGAAUCCCCCACUAUGACAGGAAGGAAGUGCCACAGUCCUUGUGUUCUGGUAGAUAGGAAGUGCAGUAGCCCGUCCAUUGUGAGGAAGUUUGAAGCUAUGUUGCAAGAAAAUGAAGGUAAAAUUUUAAUAGAUGGCGUGGUGGCAUCUUGUUCUGUACCUGCAAGCUUUAAGUGCAACAUCGGCUGCUGCCAUAACCGCUGGUCCUGUGACAUAAGCAAAUUCGGUAGCCAAAAAUUGUCUACUUCUGGGACUGUCCAGAAAAGUUUCUCUGAAGUCAACAUAUUAACUGCUCAGAAAAACCUGGGUCCAGAUUACAGCCCUGGGUUUGAUAACUCAAAAAGCGUGGAUCUACAACAAGACUUACCUGUAGAUCUGCUUUUGUCUUCUCUGGAAAUGCCAUCUGCCAGACCAAAUGUGCAGAGCCCCAGAAGAAACAUCACGCUGGAACAAAAAACUGCUGAGUUCAACCGAACGUUAUUUCAGGCUGAGAUGGGUCGUGGGUUAGAGAAACCAGACAGCACAACAGUUGCCUUUCCACCAGUUUUGGCAUUGAAAGAGUCUCCAACUGAGGUUAAAUUUGAGUUUCCCGAACAUUGUGAUGAUGUCACCACUACCACUGCGAGUGUGCAUCCUGAAGCCUCAAUUGCUUCCUUCCCCACUGAGUCCAGCAGUCAGAACCACGAGGCCCACAAAAGGCAAAACAGAUUUGACCUUGAAAUUCAUGAGUGUGGAACAAAACAAGAAAAGCCUUUAGAUCUUUCAUCUGAACAUUCAGAGACUGGACUUAGGGAGCCAACCACAAUGACCUCUCAUGAUCUUGCAGACCAAUCUCAGGUCAAGCAUAACAUGCUAGCCACAAGUAGUCUUUCCUGGAAAACACAGCACAAAGUGCCCGCAGAGGCCUCCUCUUCCAAGCAUAUGCUGCUUAAAAAGGUUCAGCAGAGUGACAAUGUGGAGGAUUCCAGGUCCAGGAUCCUGCAUGAAGCAAGGCCUAUGUCAGCUAGGACUGGUGGCUCACUUCAGCAGCUCUCUGAGAUGAAACCAAGACACCCAACUCAACCAAAGAAUAUAUCCUCUACUGCUCCCCAGUCUGAAUCCUCCAGAUCUGGACCCAGAAUGAUGAACGACCACCCCUGGAAGCCCCUUACCCUGGCUGCUUACCCGCGUCCUGAGGGAUCCAGGUCCAACUACGGUGCAUUGGAAAAGAUUCUGAAGAAUUAUGAGACUGUGGCUCAGGCUCAAAAAAACCAGAGCCUUAAUAAAAGCGAGAUGGCUUCAAGUCCAGGACAGGAUGGGAAUGCUAAAGUAGAUGCAAUUGAUGUAGUCCCCUUGGACUUACCUCCUACUGUACGAUAUGUGCAGCCUGUACACUCAUCACAAGCACACAACUCACAUGCACCGCUCAGCAGCCUCACAAAUGUGGUUGUGAAAGAGAUGCGUCUUACAGGUAGGCAGGCAAAAGAAAAGUCUUCACUCUCCUCCUCAGCACAGAAGAAUUUCUCGAGGCCUGCCCGCCCAGCCAACCGUCGGCUCCCCUCCCGGUGGGCCAGCCGCUCCUCCCCCUCUGGCACCCCUGUGGCACCCCCGUGCUUUCCCCUCGAGAAAAACAGUUCAUCCUUUACCUUCUCACAUGCCUUUCACAUGGAGACAGUCAUCAUAUGAUCAUGUUUGAACCCAACCUAAAGGCUUCGUGCUGACCAACGGGGGGCUUUGGUUGGCUUCUCGUGCAUACCAAACCCCAGACUGCUUCUCCACUCCUACUCACUCUCAAGUGCUUUAGUUGUGAGUUCACCAGCUCACUUUUAGAAUGUAUGCGGCAUCCAUCAGAGCCAAACUCACCACGGCAAGAAAAAGGAGACCUGAAGCAGCUUCAUUUAUUCAGCAGUAUAAUGAAACUA